GUACAAUACAAAUGAAGACAAAAGAAAACCGACUAGCCGUUGGUGUUGGACGUGACUGUCGUAAUAUUGCGACUUGUGAUCGGAUUCGUAAAAUAAUUCCUUAGAAUACCAAUUACAAAAAGAAAAAUGAGUGAGCCAAUGAAGUCCGUUUCUGCCAUGAACAAAUUGUACAUAGGAAACUUGCCAAUAGAAGCCGAUGAAGCUGCAGUAAGACAGCUAUUCGCUGAGCAAAAUCUGACUGUUGCCGAUAUCUCUGUGAAGAGAGGUGGUUAUGCCUUUGUCGACUUUCCUGAUCAAUCAGCUGCUGAUCGGGCGAUCGAUAAGCUGCAUGGUUACUCGUAUUGUGGUGUACCACUGAUCGUGGAACCGUCGGUGGCUAAUAAGAAAAUAGUCAACGUACCCAAUCUCCAGAGCGCGAGUACCACUCAACUGAAGGAAGGCAAUAAUGACGCUCUCCCCGGCGGUUGGAGGUAA